CGGAGGGGCCGGGCUGCGGCUGGGAAGGCGCGGAGGCCGGCGCGCGGCGGGCAGGCCUGGAGGGGGCGGGUCCGCGCGGGCCUGAGAGCCGCCCGCCCAGCCUGAGGAGAGGGAGGUCACAGCGCGAAGGUGUAGCCGCUACGGCUGCCGCUUCUGAGGGGCCGAAGCGCCAGGCCCGCAGCCAUGGCCUACUGCCGGCAGGAAGGGAAAGAUCGCAUCAUAUUUGUGACCAAAGAAGACCACGAAACUCCCAGCAGUGCAGAGCUGGUGGCUGAUGACCCCAAUGAUCCGUAUGAGGAGCACGGAUUGAUACUGCCAAAUGGAGACAUUAACUGGAACUGCCCGUGCCUUGGGGGAAUGGCCAGCGGCCCCUGUGGGGAACAGUUCAAAUCGGCCUUUUCCUGCUUCCACUAUAGCACAGAGGACAUCAAGGGGUCAGACUGUGUAGACCAGUUCCGGGCCAUGCAGGAGUGCAUGCAGAAAUACCCGGACCUCUAUCCCCAGGAGGAUGAGGAAGAGGAGGAGGAGAAGAAGGCGGCAGAGCGUGUGGAGGAAGCCACGCCCACUGAGGCCACUGCAGCCAAAGACGCGGAGGGGUCCAGCUAAUGAAGGCCACGAGGCACUGUGUUCCUGUCCUGCUGCUUGACGUGGACGUUUUGCAAAAAGCCUUUGAGUCCCCCACCUUCCGAGAAAGUGUCUUUCUCUCUGUUGUUCUGUGCACUGUAAUGUACACAAUAACUUAUUUUGAUGACCAGGGCGUCCUGGCCCCUUGACACAUACACUGAAAAAAAUAAUGGGGGUGUCGUUUGUGUCCUGCCCACCCCUGUCAGCGAGUGUAGCCACCACCUUUGUCGUCUCUUCUCAGUUUGCCCUGAGUUCUGCCACCUAACUUGCUGAACGUUCUCAGCAGCCAAAAAUCACUAUCCGGGAAUGGUUCUUGUGAGCGAGCUGAUUUCAUCUGAUCCGUUCUAGCCCUUUAGUAGGUUUGAUUCCUAUUUGGGAAAUGAAAUAGAAACAAACAAACCUUUCUUUAAACAUGCUGGCGUGGGCCCUUCCUAAGAGAAGAGGCCAGAUGGUCAGGCCGGGUUGCUCACAGACCAUCUAGCCUUUGAGGAUGUGAACAAGUACUGUACUUCAUUCCUGAGAAAGUCUGGUCUUUGCAUUGAGCUCAGGUUUUCUCCACUUAGAAGGUGGGAAUUUGGAUGGUUUGGUUCCAGCUUUUUCUCAGGUGAAAGGAGAGGCUGGCUUUUGCUGUUCCCAGAGCCCUGCUUUGGGGCCUGUGGUCACGUUGGCCCUCUGGUCCAGUGCAGUCUUCUUGAGAGGUUGGCACCUAAUUGUUGCCAAGAGAGGAAACAGUGUGAAUGAAGUACUCAAUUAAAAGGAAAUGUGAUUUCUACCUGAUUUUGAACGUGUCUUUUAUUUUCACAAGUUACUUUUGAGGUAAGAAAAUACAAAUUCUGAAAUAUG